GCCUUUCCCGUUUCCCCUUCUCCAACCCCCUUUCCCACAACCUCCGCCGCAACCCGCUCCGACCCCCUUCGCCGCCCACCUCCGCGCUCGCAACAAGUUUCGCCACUAUUGCCUUUGCUACAGUGCGCCAGAAUCAGAGAAAUGGUGAUGUUCUGCUUCCGAAGCUGAGUUUUUUAAGGGGAGCGCAGGAUAUUUUUAGAGGAAAGAAGAGGCUUUUGAAGGCUUCCUUGGUCCGAGUUGUAGCUGAAAGUUUCUUUCUUGAAAUUGUGAAGUGGGUUUGUGAGGGUUGAAUCGAAUUUCAGAGAAAGAGACUCUUUCAAAACGGCGCCUUGGGGCUUCGGAUUCGGCGGUUCAAAACUUCUGAGUGUGGCCAAAGCCGGAGCCAUGGCGAUUGGGGUUUCCUCCUUGUCGGGUCCUGUACGACAGUCUCUCUCCGGCCCGACCCGACCCGUUAGGGCUUCGUUCCGUUUCCAAGGCUUCCAGAACUAUCACAGACCUGCUUCUCCAAGUGGAGGAGGAUGGCGCGGGGAAACGGACCGAAUAAAGUUUUUGAAGUUGUCUAACUCAGUUAGCGAAAAUGUUGCACAUGGUCGCAUUCUUGGAGAGUUUGAAGAUGGAAGCGGUUAUCGCAGAGAUUCAUCUCAGUUUGGUAAUUUAACAGAUGUGUCUUGGCCCAAAGCACAAUUUAGUUAUAUAGUCGAUACUCUUCCUAAAGAAUACUAUCCUAGUGAAAUAAAAGAAAAUGCCAAUGUGGUUCAAAGUGAGAAAAGAGAGAAUAAAUGUUUAGUUAAUGGAGCAAAGGUUACGAAGACUUCUAGUGCGCUGGUCGAUCCCAAGGAGAAGCUUGUUGGGAUUUAUGAUAAGGUUCUUGUGGUGGAUAACAUCUCCAAGGCAAAGGAAGUUGUUAAGUUGCUCACUACCAAGUAUAGGGAUUUCAUCCAUGCUUGUGAUACAGAGGUAGCCAAGAUUGAUGUGAAACAAGAGACUCCAGUUGGUCAUGGAGAGGUUAUCUGCUUUAGUAUCUACUGCGGUUCUCAAGCAGAUUUUGGUGGUGGAAAAUCGUGUAUUUGGGUGGAUGUUCUUGAUGGUGGGAGAAGCAUUUUAAUGGAGUUUGCACCAUUUUUUGAGGAUGCAUCCAUUAAGAAAGUAUGGCAUAAUUAUAGCUUUGAUAAUCAUGUCAUAGAAAACUAUGGGAUCAAGCUUGCUGGAUUCCAUGCAGAUACAAUGCAUCUUGCUCGUCUUUGGGACUCUUCAAGAAGAGCUGAUGGUGGGUAUUCACUAGAAGCACUCACAAAUGAUCCAAAAGUCAUAUCUACACAAAAAUCAUCUCCUUCUGAUGACUUCAAUAUUGGAAAAAUAUCGAUGAAAUCUAUCUUUGGCAAGAAAAAGGUGAAAAAAGAUGGAUCCGAAGGAAAACUUGUCACCAUUGCUCCUGUAGAAGAGCUUCAAAGAGAAGAACGAAUACCUUGGAUUUGUUACUCUGCCUUAGAUUCAAUUAACACUUUAAACCUUUUCCAGAGCUUGAAGAUAAAGCUUGAGAAAAUGGAAUGGUUGCUGAAUGGUGAGUGUAAAGGAAACUUGUAUGGUUUCUAUGAAAAAUACUGGCGCCCAUUUGGUUAUCUUUUAGUGAAAAUGGAAGCUGAGGGAAUGCUUGUUGAUCGGACUCAUCUUUCAAACAUUGAAGAAGUUGCUAAAAUAGAACAACAAAAAGCUGCGGAGAGAUUCCGGAAGUGGGCUUCUAAGCAUUGCCCAGAUGCCAAGUACAUGAAUGUGGGAAGUGAUACUCAAAUCAGGCAACUUUUUUUUGGUGGUAUAUCCAAUAGGAAAGAUGAAUCGGAAACACUGCCUGAAACAAAGACCUUUAAAGUUCCUAACACAGAGAAUAUCAUUGAAGAGGGAAAAAAGACUCCUUCAAAGUACCGAAAUAUUACAUUAUGUAACGUCGGCUGUAAAAUUGAAACUGAGAUGUAUACAGCUAGUGGGUGGCCUUCAGUUAGCGGUGCAGCUCUGAAAACGUUAGCUGGAAAGGUCUCCACAGACAAUAUAUAUUUGAUGGAUGAUGACUAUAUGGAUUCUGACAGCAGUGAGGAAAUUUCUCUUGAUCAAACUGCUCAAGCUAAUGGACAAAGUGGAAAACCUGGUGUUGAUUCAGACGAUGUAGAUGUUUCUGCAUAUGGGACUGCUUAUCAGGCAUUUGGAGGGGGUAAGGAAGGGAGGGAAGCUUGCCAUGCAAUUGCAGCACUUUGUGAAAUGUGUUCUACUGAUUCCUUGAUUUCCAACUUUAUUCUUCCUCUCCAGGGUGGUCACAUAUCAGGUAGGAACGGUCGCAUUCAUUGUUCUUUGAACAUCAAUACUGAAACUGGACGUUUAUCAGCAAGGAGACCGAACUUACAGAAUCAACCUGCUCUUGAGAAGGAUCGAUAUAAAAUUCGCCAGGCUUUCGUUGCUGCUCCUGGAAACUCUCUUCUUGUUGCAGAUUAUGGGCAGCUGGAGCUUCGGAUUUUAGCUCAUCUGGCAAAUUGCACAAGCAUGUUAGAUGCCUUUGAAGCUGGCGGAGAUUUCCACUCCAGGACAGCUAUGAAUAUGUAUGAGCAUGUCAGGAAGGCUGUAGAAGAUAAGAAGGUACUUCUCGAGUGGGAUCCUCAACCUGGGGAGGAGAAACCUCCAGUUCCAUUACUAAAGGAUGCUUAUGCUGCAGAAAGAAGAAAAGCCAAAAUGCUGAAUUUUUCAAUUGCCUAUGGAAAAACUGCUGUUGGGCUGUCUCGGGAUUGGAAGGUGUCUGUUAAGGAAGCUAAAGAAACAGUAAAGAGAUGGUAUAACGGUAGACAAGAAGUGUUAAAAUGGCAAGAAGAGCGUAAAAAGGAAGCGGUGCAAAAUGGAAAGGUUUAUACAUUGCUUGGACGGGCACGUAAUUUUCCUUCAGUGUCUAAUGUCAGUUAUGCUCUCAGGGGUCACAUUGAACGAGCUGCUAUAAAUACUCCAGUACAGGGUAGCGCAGCAGAUGUUGCUAUGUGUGCAAUGCUGGAGAUAGAUAGGAACCCUCGUUUGAAGGAGCUUGGAUGGAAGUUACUGCUUCAGGUACAUGAUGAAGUUAUACUCGAAGGACCCAGUGAGUCUGCUGAGGUUGCUAAGGCAAUUGUUGUCAAGUGCAUGUCCAAACCCUUUGAUGGCAAAAACUUCCUCAGGGUUGGCCUUUCUGUAGAUGCUAAGUGCGCACAAAGCUGGUAUGCUGCCAAGUAAGCAAGUGUGUUCAUAAUCCAAAGAUCCAAACUCGGAUCACAUCCUUGUGCUCUCAAUCAGAGAAUGGCUCGACUGUUUUUGUAGCGGGCUGCAGAAUGAGGUAGAAGCCUCUGCAGCAAAGCAAGACGCAGAAGAAAUUUUGAUAGGAAUUUUGCUACUAUAAGGCACGUCCUGAUACAUAUUACAUGGAAGGGGUUGACGUUAGAUUAGAGUGUACAGAUGGCUUUUGCCCAGUAGAUGUAUAUAAUGUUCAUUUAUAUGAUUGCUGUCAUACUCGUAACUUUGUGUAUCAUUAUGGAUUUUGAUGAGGGGUUUAUAUUCCCUGUAUUUUAUUUACCACUUAUUGUGGAAUUAUGUUCUAUGUA